AUGUUUAUAAAGUUAUAUGACAUAAUUGUAGCUUUCUUUAGUGUAAUUUUGGACAUUUUUUUUCGUGAAGUUAAAUCAAGAGGAUCACAUAAAAUACCUAAAGAAGGUCCUGUAAUUUUUGUUGCUGCUCCUCACGCAAAUCAAUUUGUUGAUCCGUUGGUUUUAAUGCGACAUUGUCAAAGACAAGUUUCAUUUUUGAUUGCUGAAAAAUCAAUGAAACGUAGAUAUAUUGGUUCAAUUGCCAAAGCAAUUAACGCAAUACCUGUUGCUAGACCUCAUGAUAUUUCUAAAACAGGAAAAGGUAGAAUAUAUUUAGAAAAUUCAAAACUUGAUCCUACAUUGAUAAAAGGAAUUGGCACGGAAUUUACAAAGGAUUUAAAAGUUGGAUCACAAAUUGCAUUACCUGAUAAUAAUAGCGUCUCAGAAGUUAUCAAAAUAAUAUCUGAUACUGAGUUGAUUAUCAAAAAAGAAUUUAAAGAAUUGGAUGCAUUUAAAUUAUUGACUAACAGUGAAGGAACAGACUUUAAAUGUUUACCUCAUGUUGAUCAAAGUCAAGUUUACAAAUCUGUAUAUAAUACUCUGAAUGAUGGUAACUGUAUUGGGAUAUUUCCAGAAGGUGGAAGUCAUGAUAGAACUGAAAUUUUACCUUUAAAAGCUGGUGUCACAAUAAUGGCUUUAGGUGCUAUGUCACGUAAUCCCAACCUUGAUGUAAAGAUAGUUCCAUGUGUUGUAGAAUUUGGUUCUCCUAUUUCUAUAACACCAGAUUUAGUUGAAAAUUUUAAGAAAGGUGGAACUGAUAAACGUGAAGCAUGUAGCAAAUUAUUAGAUAUUAUUUAUAAGGGUUUAAAAGCUGUUACUGUUAAUACACCAGACUAUGAGACAUUAAUGGUAAUUCAAGCUGCUCGUAGAUUAUAUAGGCCAGAACAUCAUAAAUUGGAAUUACAUGAAGUGACUGAGUUGAAUCGUAGAUUUUUAUCAGGAUAUAUGAAAUUUAAAGAUAACGAUAGAGUAAAAGAAAUGAAUAAUAGAGUUAUGGCUUAUAAUCAAUUGUUAAAGUAUCAUGGAUUGAAAGAUCAUCAAGUAAAUAAAACAGUCGAAGAUGGCUGUCGUGUAUUAUUUUUAUUAAUCUAUAGAAUAAUUGUAUUAACUAUUUGGAUUAUAUUGGGAUUGCCUGGAUUUAUUCUUAAUCUUCCGCUUAUAAUAAUUGCUCGUGUAAUAAGUGCAAAGAAAGCUAAAGAGGCAGUAGAAUCUUCUAGUGUAAAAGUUGCCGGACGUGAUGUCCUUGCUACUUGGAAAUUGUUGGUUGCACUUGUUGUCACCCCGUUAUUAUAUGGAUCAUAUGCAUCACUUCGACCACUUUUCUUAUCGUUAAUUCCUUCAACAAAAUCAUAUUUUCAAACAUUGAGAGAAGUCCGUGAACAAUUAUCAUAUGAUCUUACAGAAUUAAUAAAUGAACUUGGACCAAAAAUUUAUCCAGACUUUGAUAAUUCACGUUUAGUUAGAGAAGUUAAGGGGAAAAGCAGAAGUGGAUCAGCUUCACCUUCACCAUCUAGACCAUCAUCUACAGGGUUACAAUUUAGUAGUUUCUUGACUAUUUCAGAUUGGUUAUCUGAAAAAAAUUUGGAUUGGGAGAGAGCUGAUGAUUCAGACUAUGAUGAUGUAUUUUUCUUUUUAGAUCAACAGAAUGGAAAAAUAACGGGACGUAGUAGAUCAAAUUCACGGACACGGAUAAAAGAUCAGGGCUCAAGAAGUAGGUCAAGCUCAAUUGGAUCAAAUAAUGAUGGGGGUUUGGGAAGUAACGGGAACACUAUUGGGAUUGAGCCUUUAUCAACUGUUGAUCAAUCACCAGAAAUUGAAAGAAACCGUUCAGAUCUUUCUUUACCUAAAUUUACAUUUAAAGAUUGUGACGAAGAUUCUGGCUAUCAUGGCGAUAAAGAAUAUGAUGACAAGAUUGAAACUAAAAAAGAAGUUUAA